UACGUUUGACUAUGACAUGGACAGAAAGAGAGCACGAAAGGUGCUUUUUUCGAAAGUACGUGCUGCCUUGUCGAAUGAUUUUACAGUUAUUCAACAAGAAAAGUAUAUAUUGUAAGCUGAAGUAAAGAAGCUUAUUCUGUGUGUAUAAAUAUAUGUCUAAUAAAAUUGUUUGGUAUUAUAAGCUUCCUUGUUAUUCAACUAUGGUUUGUACGGCUAUAAUAAAUAAUUUCAAAUUAAUAGUUCCAAUAGCGGUAGUUUUGGGAGCUUACUUAUAUCAUAUUAAAUUGAAGCUAUACUAUGAAGAUUUUUUAAAUGACACAAAUAAGGAAAACGACAGACCAGGCUUUUUUACUGCAAAUAAAUUAGCACAAUUUGAUGGAGAGACACAGAGUGAUUUGUUUUUGGCAGUAUUAGGCACAGUUUUCAAUGUUACAGAAGGAAAUAGACAUUAUAAAAAGGGUGCUGCAUACCAUUACUUUAUAGGUAAAGAUGGAUCUAGAGCCCUUGUUACUGGUAAUUUCAAAGAUGAAAGUGAUGAAAAAGACCAUGUAAUGGACUUAUCCUGUAAUGACUUAUUGACCCUAGUCCAUUGGCGGAAUACAUUCAAGAAAAAGUAUAUAGAAGUUGGUGUCCUCAUAGGAAGAUUCUAUGAUAUUGAUGGCCAAGAGACUGUUUAUAUGAAGGAGUUUGUAAACAAAAUAAAACAAUGUGAAGUGGAGAAAGAAGUGUCCAGAAGAGAAGACCAGAAGUAUCCACCUUGUAAUAUUGCAUGGUCUGCUGAUGAGGGCACUAAAGUCUGGUGUACCAAAUCAAGUGGCGGUGUUAAAAGGAGCUGGAUAGGAGUUCCUCGGCAACUCUUCACUCCUGGAGUAGAAAAACCUCGCUGUGUCUGCCUUAAUGAAGUAGAAAGUGAUGCUGUAGGUCUUAUAAAAGAAUAUGACAACUGUCCUAAGUCUUCUACAGAAUGUUUAGUAAAAAUUUGAAUAUUUUAUCCUGGUUUCAUAUGUCAUUAGUAUUAUUAUUUAUUGAGAUUGUUAAAUCUUUUUCAUUCCAUUACUUAAUUACUUGUAAGUAUUUAUAUAAACAUGAAUUAUGAAUGUUUCGUUGAAUCUGAAUGUUUUAAUUAUAGCAUAAUAACAACAAAUAAAAGUCUGCAAUGAUUAA